UCAACGCUGUCUGCACUCCAAUGACGAAUGGAGCGUUUACUUGUUCUUGCAAUAAUGGAUUUGUUGGCAAUGGCACCAACUGUUUUGUGAACCCGUGCCUCUCAAGCUCAAACAACAAUUGUGAUGUCAACGCUGCCUGUACUCCAACGGAGAAUGGAGCGUUUAACUGUACUUGUAAUGUUGGAUUUGUUGGCAAUGGCACAAACUGUUUUGUGAACCCGUGCCUUUCUACUUCAAACAACAAUUGUGACAUCAACGCUGCCUGCACUCCAACGGCGAAUGGAGCGUUUACUUGUUCUUGUAAUGAUGGAUUUGUUGGCGAUGGCACCAACUGUUUUGGAAACCCGUGCCUCUUAAGCUCAAACAACAAUUGUGAUGUCAACGCUGCCUGUACUCCAACGGAGAAUGGAGCGUUUAACUGUACUUGUAAUGUUGGAUUUGUUGGCAAUGGCACAAACUGUUUUGUGAACCCGUGCCUUUCUACUUCAAACAACAAUUGUGACAUCAACGCUGCCUGCACUCCAACGGCGAAUGGAGCGUUUACUUGUUCUUGUAAUGAUGGAUUUGUUGGCGAUGGCACCAACUGUUUUGGAAACCCGUGCCUCUUAAGCUCAAACAACAAUUGUGAUGUCAACGCUGCCUGUACUCCAACGGAGAAUGGAGCGUUUAACUGUACUUGUAAUGUUGGAUUUGUUGGCAAUGGCACAAACUGUUUUGUGAACCCGUGUCUUUCUACUUCAAACAACAAUUGUGACAUCAACGCUGCCUGCACUCCAACGGCGAAUGGAGCGUUUACUUGUUCUUGUAAUGAUGGAUUUGUUGGCGAUGGCACCAACUGUUUUGGAAACCCGUGCCUCUUAAGCUCAAACAACAAUUGUGAUGUCAACGCUGCCUGUACUCCAACGGAGAAUGGAGCGUUUAACUGUACUUGUAAUGUUGGAUUUGUUGGCAAUGGCACAAACUGUUUUGUGAACCCGUGCCUUUCUGCUUCAAACAACAAUUGUGACAUCAACGCUGCCUGCACUCCAACGGCGAAUGGAGCGUUUACUUGUUCUUGUAAUGAUGGAUUUGUUGGCGAUGGCACCAACUGUUUUGGAAACCCGUGCCUCUUAAGCUCAAACAACAAUUGUGAUGUCAACGCUGCCUGUACUCCAACGGAGAAUGGAGCGUUUAACUGUACUUGUAAUGUUGGAUUUGUUGGCAAUGGCACAAACUGUUUUGUGAACCCGUGUCUUUCUACUUCAAACAACAAUUGUGACAUCAACGCUGCCUGCACUCCAACGGCGAAUGGAGCGUUUACUUGUUCUUGUAAUGAUGGAUUUGUUGGCGAUGGCACCAACUGUUUUGGAAACCCGUGCCUCUUAAGCUCAAACAACAAUUGUGAUGUCAACGCUGCCUGUACUCCAACGGAGAAUGGAGCGUUUAACUGUACUUGUAAUGUUGGAUUUGUUGGCAAUGGCACAAACUGUUUUGUGAACCCGUGCCUUUCUACUUCAAACAACAAUUGUGACAUCAACGCUGCCUGCACUCCAACGGCGAAUGGAGCGUUUACUUGUUCUUGUAAUGAUGGAUUUGUUGGCGAUGGCACCAACUGUUUUGGAAACCCGUGCCUCUUAAGCUCAAACAACAAUUGUGAUGUCAACGCUGCCUGUACUCCAACGGAGAAUGGAGCGUUUAACUGUACUUGUAAUGUUGGAUUUGUUGGCAAUGGCACAAACUGUUUUGUGAACCCGUGCCUUUCUACUUCAAACAACAAUUGUGACAUCAACGCUGCCUGCACUCCAACGGCGAAUGGAGCGUUUACUUGUUCUUGUAAUGAUGGAUUUGUUGGCGAUGGCACCAACUGUUUUGGAAACCCGUGCCUCUUAAGCUCAAACAACAAUUGUGAUGUCAACGCUGCCUGUACUCCAACGGAGAAUGGAGCGUUUAACUGUACUUGUAAUGUUGGAUUUGUUGGCAAUGGCACAAACUGUUUUGUGAACCCGUGUCUUUCUACUUCAAACAACAAUUGUGACAUCAACGCUGCCUGCACUCCAACGGCGAAUGGAGCGUUUACUUGUUCUUGUAAUGAUGGAUUUGUUGGCGAUGGCACCAACUGUUUUGGAAACCCGUGCCUCUUAAGCUCAAACAACAAUUGUGAUGUCAACGCUGCCUGUACUCCAACGGAGAAUGGAGCGUUUAACUGUACUUGUAAUGUUGGAUUUGUUGGCAAUGGCACAAACUGUUUUGUGAACCCGUGCCUUUCUACUUCAAACAACAAUUGUGACAUCAACGCUGCCUGCACUCCAACGGCGAAUGGAGCGUUUACUUGUUCUUGUAAUGAUGGAUUUGUUGGCGAUGGCACCAACUGUUUUGGAAACCCGUGCCUCUUAAGCUCAAACAACAAUUGUGAUGUCAACGCUGCCUGUACUCCAACGGAGAAUGGAGCGUUUAACUGUACUUGUAAUGUUGGAUUUGUUGGCAAUGGCACAAACUGUUUUGUGAACCCGUGCCUUUCUACUUCAAACAACAAUUGUGACAUCAACGCUGCCUGCACUCCAACGGCGAAUGGAGCGUUUACUUGUUCUUGUAAUGAUGGAUUUGUUGGCGAUGGCACCAACUGUUUUGGAAACCCGUGCCUCUUAAGCUCAAACAACAAUUGUGAUGUCAACGCUGCCUGUACUCCAACGGAGAAUGGAGCGUUUAACUGUACUUGUAAUGUUGGAUUUGUUGGCAAUGGCACAAACUGUUUUGUGAACCCGUGUCUUUCUACUUCAAACAACAAUUGUGACAUCAACGCUGCCUGCACUCCAACGGCGAAUGGAGCGUUUACUUGUUCUUGUAAUGAUGGAUUUGUUGGCGAUGGCACCAACUGUUUUGGAAACCCGUGCCUCUUAAGCUCAAACAACAAUUGUGAUGUCAACGCUGCCUGUACUCCAACGGAGAAUGGAGCGUUUAACUGUACUUGUAAUGUUGGAUUUGUUGGCAAUGGCACAAACUGUUUUGUGAACCCGUGCCUUUCUACUUCAAACAACAAUUGUGACAUCAACGCUGCCUGCACUCCAACGGCGAAUGGAGCGUUUACUUGUUCUUGUAAUGAUGGAUUUGUUGGCGAUGGCACCAACUGUUUUGGAAACCCGUGCCUCUUAAGCUCAAACAACAAUUGUGAUGUCAACGCUGCCUGUACUCCAACGGAGAAUGGAGCGUUUAACUGUACUUGUAAUGUUGGAUUUGUUGGCAAUGGCACAAACUGUUUUGUGAACCCGUGCCUUUCUACUUCAAACAACAAUUGUGACAUCAACGCUGCCUGCACUCCAACGGCGAAUGGAGCGUUUACUUGUUCUUGUAAUGAUGGAUUUGUUGGCGAUGGCACCAACUGUUUUGGAAACCCGUGCCUCUUAAGCUCAAACAACAAUUGUGAUGUCAACGCUGCCUGUACUCCAACGGAGAAUGGAGCGUUUAACUGUACUUGUAAUGUUGGAUUUGUUGGCAAUGGCACAAACUGUUUUGUGAACCCGUGUCUUUCUACUUCAAACAACAAUUGUGACAUCAACGCUGCCUGCACUCCAACGGCGAAUGGAGCGUUUACUUGUUCUUGUAAUGAUGGAUUUGUUGGCGAUGGCACCAACUGUUUUGGAAACCCGUGCCUCUUAAGCUCAAACAACAAUUGUGAUGUCAACGCUGCCUGUACUCCAACGGAGAAUGGAGCGUUUAACUGUACUUGUAAUGUUGGAUUUGUUGGCAAUGGCACAAACUGUUUUGUGAACCCGUGUCUUUCUACUUCAAACAACAAUUGUGACAUCAACGCUGCCUGCACUCCAACGGCGAAUGGAGCGUUUACUUGUUCUUGUAAUGAUGGAUUUGUUGGCGAUGGCACCAACUGUUUUGGAAACCCGUGCCUCUUAAGCUCAAACAACAAUUGUGAUGUCAACGCUGCCUGUACUCCAACGGAGAAUGGAGCGUUUAACUGUACUUGUAAUGUUGGAUUUGUUGGCAAUGGCACAAACUGUUUUGGAAACCCGUGCCUCUUAAGCUCAAACAACAAUUGUGAUGUCAACGCUGCCUGUACUCCAACGGAGAAUGGAGCGUUUAACUGUACUUGUAAUGUUGGAUUUGUUGGCAAUGGCACAAACUGUUUUGUGAACCCGUGCCUUUCUACUUCAAACAACAAUUGUGACAUCAACGCUGCCUGCACUCCAACGGCGAAUGGAGCGUUUACUUGUUCUUGUAAUGAUGGAUUUGUUGGCGAUGGCACCAACUGUUUUGGAAACCCGUGCCUCUUAAGCUCAAACAACAAUUGUGAUGUCAACGCUGCCUGUACUCCAACGGAGAAUGGAGCGUUUAACUGUACUUGUAAUGUUGGAUUUGUUGGCAAUGGCACAAACUGUUUUGUGAACCCGUGCCUUUCUACUUCAAACAACAAUUGUGACAUCAACGCUGCCUGCACUCCAACGGCGAAUGGAGCGUUUACUUGUUCUUGUAAUGAUGGAUUUGUUGGCGAUGGCACCAACUGUUUUGGAAACCCGUGCCUCUUAAGCUCAAACAACAAUUGUGAUGUCAACGCUGCCUGUACUCCAACGGAGAAUGGAGCGUUUAACUGUACUUGUAAUGUUGGAUUUGUUGGCAAUGGCACAAACUGUUUUGUGAACCCGUGUCUUUCUACUUCAAACAACAAUUGUGACAUCAACGCUGCCUGCACUCCAACGGCGAAUGGAGCGUUUACUUGUUCUUGUAAUGAUGGAUUUGUUGGCGAUGGCACCAACUGUUUUGGAAACCCGUGCCUCUUAAGCUCAAACAACAAUUGUGAUGUCAACGCUGCCUGUACUCCAACGGAGAAUGGAGCGUUUAACUGUACUUGUAAUGUUGGAUUUGUUGGCAAUGGCACAAACUGUUUUGUGAACCCGUGCCUUUCUACUUCAAACAACAAUUGUGACAUCAACGCUGCCUGCACUCCAACGGCGAAUGGAGCGUUUACUUGUUCUUGUAAUGAUGGAUUUGUUGGCGAUGGCACCAACUGUUUUGGAAACCCGUGCCUCUUAAGCUCAAACAACAAUUGUGAUGUCAACGCUGCCUGUACUCCAACGGAGAAUGGAGCGUUUAACUGUACUUGUAAUGUUGGAUUUGUUGGCAAUGGCACAAACUGUUUUGUGAACCCGUGCCUUUCUACUUCAAACAACAAUUGUGACAUCAACGCUGCCUGCACUCCAACGGCGAAUGGAGCGUUUACUUGUUCUUGUAAUGAUGGAUUUGUUGGCGAUGGCACCAACUGUUUUGGAAACCCGUGCCUCUUAAGCUCAAACAACAAUUGUGAUGUCAACGCUGCCUGUACUCCAACGGAGAAUGGAGCGUUUAACUGUACUUGUAAUGUUGGAUUUGUUGGCAAUGGCACAAACUGUUUUGUGAACCCGUGCCUUUCUACUUCAAACAACAAUUGUGACAUCAACGCUGCCUGCACUCCAACGGCGAAUGGAGCGUUUACUUGUUCUUGUAAUGAUGCAUUUGUUGGCGAUGGCACCAACUGUUUUGGAAACCCGUGCCUCUUAAGCUCAAACAACAAUUGUGAUGUCAACGCUGCCUGUACUCCAACGGAGAAUGGAGCGUUUAACUGUACUUGUAAUGUUGGAUUUGUUGGCAAUGGCACAAACUGUUUUGUGAACCCGUGCCUUUCUACUUCAAACAACAAUUGUGACAUCAACGCUGCCUGCACUCCAACGGCGAAUGGAGCGUUUACUUGUUCUUGUAAUGAUGGAUUUGUUGGCGAUGGCACCAACUGUUUUGGAAACCCGUGCCUCUUAAGCUCAAACAACAAUUGUGAUGUCAACGCUGCCUGUACUCCAACGGAGAAUGGAGCGUUUAACUGUACUUGUAAUGUUGGAUUUGUUGGCAAUGGCACAAACUGUUUUGGAAACCCGUGCCUCUUAAGCUCAAACAACAAUUGUGAUGUCAACGCUGCCUGUACUCCAACGGAGAAUGGAGCGUUUAACUGUGCUUGUAAUGUUGGAUUUGUUGGCAAUGGCACAAAUUGUUUUGUGAACCCGUGCCUUUCUACUUCAAACAACAAUUGUGACAUCAACGCUGCCUGCACUCCAACGGCGAAUGGAGCGUUUACUUGUUCUUGUAAUGAUGGAUAUGUUGGCGAUGGCACCAACUGUUUUGUCAACCCGUGCAUUUUAAGCUCAAACAACAAUUGUGAUGUCAACGCGGCCUGUACUCCAACUGCGAGUGGAAACUUUACCUGUUCUUGCAUUGCUGGAUUUGUUGGCGAUGGCACCAACUGUUUUGUGAACCCGUGCCUCUCAAGCUCAAACAACAAUUGUGAUGAUGACGCUUUCUGUACACCAACAGCAACUGGAGGAUUUAAUUGUUUUUGCAAUGACGGGUUCUUUGGUGAUGGCAUAGCCGGAACUUGUGCGGGUUGUCCAUAACAAACGAUGUCCAGCGAGGAAUCUUGGAUCUUUCUACAAUUUAUCGUGUAGUUUUAUUUUUAAUUAUUUUUUUUUUUAGAGUACACAAACAAUAAGUUUACAGAAUAUGGUUCACAUGCAAUCUUAAAUACAAGUUUCAAAGUAUACCUAUGGAUGAUAACAAACAAAAGCUAUUCCAGUAUCAUAUUGUUGGAUUGUGAAAGUUCGUAGGUUUACACGAAUAGGUGGUGACAGAGAGACCAAAUUGUCAUGAACUAUGUGUAUUUACAUUGUAAAUAUAAUAUAUUUCUGUCGAUGUAAUAUGAAUCGGUUAUUUCUUGUUUGAUGUGUGGGUGAUUUGGUAUUGAGUCGGAAAUGUUUACAUGUUUUGCUUUGUUACAGUUAUAAUAUGAUUUAAUACAUCAUUUCGUUUUUGUUGAUACCCUAAUAAAAUUGUCAAUUUUGAAAAUUCUAGUUCUAUUCCAGUUUUGUCUUUGAUCCAGUUUGUAAGGUUGUUCGUGAUAUGUUUUCCAAUUUUGCACCCAAAGAACAUGUGCACUAAGGUUUAUUUUUCUCGUUUACAAAAAAUGCAAAGAAAUGAUUCUUUAUAUCCCAUUUCCUACA